AAUCAUUCGAUUAAACAUUCGUACCCCUCGAAGAAAGAUCCAACAUUUUUAAGGAUAAGCCCACUGUAAUCUGAAAGAAGAUAGGAACAAACAAAGAUAGACGACGACGACGACUUUAGAGUGUCGAGACAAGAAACUGUAGGCUCCAAACAAGAGACAACACAAACAUCCUCAUUAAUCCGACAUUCCCCGUCUGAAGAAGAAGAAGAAGAAGGGAGACAAUUCUCCAUUUUAAAGCAGGAGAGAUGGAGAGAGAGUGUGAAGAAGGAGGAGACACUGAGAGAAAGCUGAGACGAAGUUUCUUGGUGGGUAAUCACAGUAAAAGAGCCGGUCCUUCUACUCCUCCACCCACGUGGCGGCUCGGUCUUUCACCGCCGCGACUCGGAGCUUCCUCCUCCAAGGAGUUCUUGGUGUCUGCUGAUGUUUCCGUCAGGAAACUGUGCGCAGAGCUGUGGGAAACAGAGCAUUUCCGGCCUCCGGCUGGUCUGCCACGGUGUCGACGACGUGAUUCCGAUGUUGAAUCACCUUGUGAUCAUCAGCCACCAAGUAGAGGUACUAGCUUGAGGAGACAGAUUGAUGAUCAUAGACUUGUUCAGAGACAUGGCGACUUGUUGCAACCAAUCACUCCUUCAAGUUCCAGCAACCAUUCUUUGGAGGUUGUGAAACGUAAACCAGCGUUUAGUCAGACCGGUUCGUCGAUGGCUGCUAAGUCUGCUAGCUACGGUUUAGGUUCGUCUACGAAGCUUCUCAAGGUGCUAAACCGGAUAUGGAGUCUUGAAGAACAGAACACUGCGAACACCUCUUUGGUCAAAGCUCUAAAGAUGGAGUUGGAUGAAUGUAGAGCUGAGAUCAAGGAGGUGCAGCAUCGGGAGAAGCAGAGUUAUAGGAGAGUAUGCAAGAAAAAAGAGGAGGAAGAAGAAGAGAUAAAGGAUGUGUUGAGAUCCAUGAAGAAGGAGUUGGAUGAAGAGAGGGAAGUUAGAAAGAAGUCAGAGAGUAUGCACCGGAAGCUAACAAGAGAGCUUUGCGAAGCUAAGCAUUGUUUAACACAAGCUUUGAAAGAUCUUGAGAACGAGAGAAAAGAACGUGUUGUGGUGGAAGAUCUCUGCGAUGAGUUUGCUAAAACGGUUAAAGAUUAUGAAGAUAAGGAGAGGAGGAGAAGGUCACAUUCGAGUCAAAGUGAUUCAGGUUAUAUUCAUCAAAGGGUUUGCUUGAAAGAACUCGAGGAAGGACUCAAAAGGCGAUCAAGAAGAGAUAACAAGCUGCAGCUUAAGAGGUCUGAUCAAGUUAGUAAGCUAUCUCUGUCUUCUGAAGGAGACAAGAUUCAUCCAGAGACUAGUACUCCAAGGAAUGUUGAUGAUUUAGAAAAGUAUAGAACUUUCUCGAAGAAUGUGAUGGUGAGAGAGGAAAGUCGUAGUCUGAAGGAUAAGCUGAUGGAAGCUCGUGUAGAGAGUAGACGUUUACGUUCUUUGAAGUCUACUCCAAGUCAUCCGGUUCAAGCUUGAGGAGCCAUUUGAUAGAAAAUCUUGUCUUGUCAUAUUAUGCUUUGCUAAAUUUGUAUUUGAUAAUUAAACAUAGGGUUAACCCGUGUGCUAAUUGUUAUGGAUUCUCUUAAUUUUCGUUCUAAAUGGUAAAUAGACAAGUCAACGAUGUGUCGGUAA